UAGAAUCACAAAACGCACCCUUGCAGUCCGCCAUUUUUUACGUGGAAGUGAUUACGGUGCUGCCAGUGUCAUCUGCCUGUGUUUUUUAGAAACCACGACAAAAUGGCGGUUCCGUGCAGAGGUCUUUGAAUCUUAAAAGUUAUCAGCAGUUCUCGUAGUAUGGUGACGAAGUCAGGAGUGGGAGACAUUUAAACGGCGAUCCUGGCAGAAUUUCCGUAGUCUGGCAAGCGGCACCGUGGAAUUAACGUGAAUUUUAAAGUUUCGACGAGUCUGUGAGUGAUAAGAGCACAACAUGUCUCUGAACGAAAAGUUUAACAAAGCUGCAGAGGAAGUUAAGGAAUUGAGUUCUCAACCUUCGGAUGUGGAUAUGCUUGAACUAUACUCAUUAUACAAACAGGCUACUGUUGGGGAUUGUAACACACCGAGGCCAGGAGGUAUAUUAGACUUUAAAGGUAAAGCUAAAUGGGAUGCUUGGAACAACAAGAAAGGCUUGAAUCAAGACACUGCAAAAGAACAAUAUAUUCAAAAGGUGGAUGAAUUGAUAGUUAUAAUUGGCAAGAAGUAGUUCCUUAUUUGCACAAGAUUUUUCGCAGAAACGUGUUAUAUGGAUAUGGCAUGUUUACGCAGAAAUUCAACAAUUUACAUGUUUCAAACUCUUAAUAAUGUGCAAAUACAAUGUGACGAUGCAAGGUACAUCCAUAAUUUGCGUACAUAGGAGUCUAACAGUCACAAAAACUGUUUUAACAGAUUUUUUUAUACUGAAUCAAAAUGUAAGAGACAAUACUUGGAGGAAUUGACGACUGAACAUAAUCAACCAGAGAUCAUGUAUUCUGUUAAUCAAAUUUAUUUCAUUAUUGUUAAUUUAGAAGCUAAUAUGUUCAAUAUUCAGUCACAUAAUGUCCAGAAUACUCUUUUCUACCAAAGUAUAUAAUAACAGAAGUACUGAAGAAAAAAAGUGAUCUCCCUCAUCUAAGAAACUUUUAUGCUUCCUGCUCAGCUUCCUGUAUAGCUAUAUUUAGUUAGGCGUAUCCGUUGCGCGGAUUUGUAAUUCAACGAAGAUUUUCUAAUGGAAAUAAAACAAUAAUAAACAGAGUUAUAAUA